UACGUUCGGUGAUUCAACAGCUUCCUCCUCCUCCGCCUCAUCUCUCCCCCCACGCCCCCCCCUCCGUACCGGCGAUCUCGGGUAUGCAACUGUGACUCCUUUCGCCGCUGCGGCCUCUCCCAAGUCGAAGUGGAACAGGUGAUGAUCCAUACUUUAGGGUUUUGUCAGUUUUCGGUUUCGGGCACUGAUCGGUGACUCGAUUGACUGGCGAUUGUCGCCCGAUGGUCCUAGCAGCAAAGAAAUUGUGGAUUCCCAGUAAUCUCCCAACUCGGACCCCCCCAUUUCCUCCCCCUUUUAUCUCGAUCGCAUUGCAGUAGUUGAUUAGUGCUUGGUAUGGGGAUUUAGAUUCCAUUGCGUGCAAUUACUGAUCGCACUUGGGCAGAGAGCUCAGUCAGUAUAUAUAAUUGUCAGUCGCCUCCGAUUCCACUCUGAUGCUCCAUCAGUUCCUUUCUUUAUUUGGAAAGUCGUACCGGUAUUGGCUUUCUUGGUAGCUGCGAUCGAGUGUGUCAUCGGUAUUAACCAGUAUGCAGUCUUACUUGUGGAUGGAAUUUGUUUGAUUCUGCGGCUACUGGGUUAAGUAAUUGGGCUGUUGAAUAGCAGCUUAGGUAGUGACACAGAGCUGCAAGGUGACCUGAAAAUGGAGGCUUCAAUAGAUGUCUCUGGAACCACUACGUGUAAUGAAAAUGUGGGCACACGUAUACCCCCAGACUCCGAGGCGAAACCUAUGCAAUGCACAAGUAAUUACGAAGAUAAUGACUUUGAUGUGGAUACCUUAGCGGACCUUGGGCAGAAACGAGAACUGGGUGAUGAGUAUGUUGAGGUUGAUAUAAUAAAUGGGGCCUCAAAUCCUGGUGAUAUUAUUGAAAUCCAAGAAACGAUUGUUGGGCAAGAUUCUACUGAAAGUUCGAGUUCAUUUAGUGGAUCUUUAUCUGGAGCUGAGAAUGGUUCUGCUCUGAGUGAUGGUGAAGUUGAAUCUCAGUAUACUGCUGGCCAUAUGCCAGGAUUUUACUUCCCUGGACUCUAUGAAGGAUUUACAACGAGGAAGAAGAGGUUGACGGAUCAUUGGAGGAGGUUCAUACGCCCAGUCAAGUGGCGCUGUCUAUGGCUAGAAUUGCAAAUUAAGGAACUCCAGUCCCGAGCACUAGAGUAUGAUAAGGAACUUGCAAAAUAUGAAGAAAGAAAGCAAUUUUUAUUUGACAACUCCACAUCAGAAGGUUCUGAUUCAAAGUUGCUUGCAUUUUCUGGUCAACUUCCAAGCAAGAAUGUCAUGAAGAGGAGAAAAAGGAAAAGAAUUGAGGAGACUGUUGAUAUAGCAUCGUAUAUGUCAAACCACAAUCUGUUCUCCUAUUUUGCUAAGAAAUACCCUGCUGAUCGGGCUUUAGCUAAAGAUGGCAAUGGCAGUCAAGCUAUCGCCAAUGGUGUUCCCAGCUUAGGCGUUGAUGAUUCACUUCAUCGUAGAGAUGGUGAUACUUCCAUGGAACAAAUACUAGCAAAGAUUGUAAUAGCUCAGUCACAAAUCCAACAGCUGAAGACUCGAAUAGAAAAGGUGAUCAGUGAGAACCCUGGGAAGUUCUCUUCUGUUAAUAGAUUGAGCUCUGUGAUUCCAGGCUCUGCAGGGACUGCUUCCGAUGAAGAUCCUGCAUCUCCUCCUGCAAAUGGGCAAUUUUCACCGGUUAAAUCUCUCUACGCUGCAUCGCAGCUUGUAUCAGAACAUGAUGUCGGAGAUCUACUUUUGCCCAAUCAUGCUGUUGUAGACCAUGGAGGCAUGACUUCUCUUCCUGAUGUGGUAGAAAGCACUAACCAGACUGAAGAUGGUGUUCUAAUAGACAAUCGGGCAGCAAAAGAAAAAUUGCUGAAUUUCGAAAAGGUUGGAGAUGAGCAGGAAAAGUCUGAGAGACAGUUGGAAAGGCAGAAGAAGGUGGUUUCAACAGCUGAAGUUCCAGAAGCAGCCCUACCUGUGGAGACACCCUCUCCUCUGGAGGCAUCGAAUGUGAAAUCCCGUCCUUCCCUGAAGACUUACAUCUCCAAUAACAAGAGGAAGCGGAGAAGAAAAGUAACCGCUCCCCGCAAAAAGACCAAGAGAGUAUCGGGUUAGAACAGAGUUUAGGAUAUUCCUUUACCCCUUAUGUAGUUGCUGAUCUUGUGCAGUCGCGUGCUAGCUGUAUAUUCCCCAACGGGCCCUUACCCCUUCUUUCUAUCAGAAGAUUGCAUCUGUUUUAGGGCAAACAUUUGUUUUAGAGCUGGAAUUCUUUUCCGCUUUAUCCGAGUUUAUUGAUAUGUUUGGCUCGGAUGUAAAUAAGAGAUUUUUGCCUAUAAUUUGAGGUAGUGCCGAACUUCAAGGGGCUUCAAAAGAUCUCAAUAAAGGUAUGAAUAAAUAAAGAGACUUUUGCCAAGUA